AUGAACAACACAGAAACUCGACAAUAUGUUGACAUCACAGCGUCGUUUAUCGACAAUGAGAUGCCAAAAGUACACCCUGCUUUUCGGAGUCCACGUUUCGACGAACAAAGAGCCCAAUAUAAGCCACCACCCGCAUUUAAGAUCCUUGAAGAGAUGUUGCGAGAGCAUUUCCAAUCAAAGUAUGGCAUAAAAGAUCAAGACUACUCCUUGGAUGAGGUUCUAGCACGGAUAAAUACUGCUGGCGAGCAUUACACUGGGGGAUUGAGUAAAGUCCAGAAGGGAUGGCUAUUCCUUGGUAACAAAGCAGAGUCACUGAAGGCGUGGCUCGAGUUUCUCCCUGAAGAGUAUGGACUUAAUAUUGUGAAAGCGGGUUUCGGUGUUAUACUCGAGAUGGCACAGGAGUCUGCCAAAAAUAGGGACCAGAUCAUUGAAACUUUUCGAAGAGUCAAUGACAUGGUCUCUGAGAUCGAGAUAAAUACAACCAGUCUGAACUGGGACAAGCUUGUGAGAGAAAGUGCACUAGAUUUGUUUGGCGCUAUAGCGGAUAUAAUCAUAGAGCUUCUCAAACUCGGACCUAAAAUAGUUCAACAAGACUCCGACGGAAGUUCUUCUCCUAAAUCCAGGAGCUCCAUGUUUUCCUCUAAAUCCUUGAAGAUGACGAAGUCUAGCAGGCGCGAGAAGCCUUCGGGUAAUUUGGACGAGUUACUGGCUACAACAGAAGGGAAAGCGGCUCGCUUGCAGUCUUUUGUUGGUAGCCGGCGCGAUAAAACGAUCAUGGAUACGCAUAAGCUCACUUUGGAAGGAAACCGUCAAGUCUCAGAAAUACGGUAUAAUACGAAGAACAUCGAAAUCCAUGCGCGAACAAUUGGUCAAGAUGUGAAAGAGACAGGGUCAAAGGUUGAACGAAUUAGCGAAACACUCUACCAGACUGAAGCUGAUGUAAAACACAUCAGUGAAGCCGUAGACCAACAAGGGACCGAAUUGAAGCAGAUAAAAGGUUAUCUAGAAAGAUACGAAGAUAUGUUUCGGACAAAAACGGCUAGUCUCCCACCAGAGGAACUAAAAUUCCUCAUGGAUGAAAAGCAGCAAUAUCAGGAUUUAAAAUCUUUUGCUGAGUUCUUCACCAAACAAGCGAGAGGUAGCAUGUAUACACUACUUGUCGACCAAAUUAAGAAAGCGUCUAAUAUUCGAAGACCAAGUUCAUCUGCUUUACGGAAAAACAGAAACACGGAAUCAACCCUCCCUCUAGAAGGUUUCAUUAUGCUGUUAGCAUCGAGAGAAGAUCCGGAGACUAGAGAAACCAUAAGCUAUGACAUAAAAAGUGUUUUAGCCCAACCGCACAGGGACAUCAAAAGUAUUCUAAGUAGAGUAGAAGACUUCGAUGCGAGAUCUCAAAGUCAAGCCCAGUCGAUAGUACAAAAGGAAAGAUUCCUUAUGUGGAUGUCAAAUGAUGAAUCCGAUAUCCUGUUGGUAGAUGGAAACCUCCAUUCGUCGGCUUCGGAUAACCUCUCAGCAAUGUCACUAUUCAACGCAACAUUCGCCAUCAGCAUGGCAUCUAUUCGCACGGAGGACGUAUUUGUACAUUUCUUCUGCGGCCUACAUACUUCCGCAAGAGAUUGGUUUUACGGCCCCAGCGGUCUAGUACGCUCUUUGAUCAUCCAACUUUUAAGAGCUCUGGAUCAGAGGGGUGAUCCGAACCUCAACUUUAUCCAUUCAAAAAGAUACGUUAGGCGCCUGAAAAUGCACGACCUGGAUACCCUCUGUAUUGCAGUUGAGGAAUUGAUAAACCAAUUUCCCGUAGGGACCAGCAUAUAUUGCAUUAUCGAUGGAAUCUCAGUCUACGAUAAAGAUUACCAAGGUUUAUUCGAAGGUAUGAAAAUAGUACUUGGAAGGCUUCAGGAUAUCAUCCAAAAUGAUAAUCUUGAGUUAAAUUUCAAGGUACUAUGCACAACGCCUGGGAGAAGCACUAAGAGGGUAAAGCAACUCGUGCAUAGUGAGUGUCGUCUCGAUUUGACCUCGAACAACUUGAACAUAGGGCAGAUUAGUGAAUAUUCACUGAGAGUAAACCUGCCCCCGCCUUCGCCAAUGUCGAGGCCACGGACACCAAAUAGUAUUUGGGAGCAGGAAGAUUACUCCGAGCGUCGAGGAUCGAGAUGGGACUAG